CACACUACUUCCGUAAACUCUCGGCGGGAGAUGCAAGUAUCCCGGAAGCGAGCUCGGAUUGUUUUCCAACCUUAGAAUCAUCACCGAAAGAAACACACACACACUCGUCGGCCCUAAUGAUGGAUAACGACGUUCUGGUACGGAAACACGACUGGGAGAACACGAAGGAAGCCGUCAGGAACUUUCGACGGCUGCUACUUUGCUCCAAAUGCUCAAAUGUGAUGACGGAGCCGGUGUGUCUCGGGGUGUGCGAGCAUUUGCUGUGCAGGUCCUGUGCGGCCCCCCGGGCGGGAGACGGCUGUGUGGUGUGUCAGAGUCCGGCUUGGGUGAAGGACAUCCAGAUCAACAGGCAGCUCAGCAGCAUCAUACAGCUCUUCUGUGGUUUGGAGGUCCUGCUCAAUCCCGUAGAACAAGCAGAUUGCUCACUAGCCCAAAACCAAACACCACCCCAGAGCCCUGUCCUUAAACAAAAGAAGAACUUCAAGAUCUGGUUCAGCCCACGCAGCCGCAAGGUACGCUGCGUUGUGGAGAAACAUCCAGAAGACCCAGUACCAGAGAUCCCGUCUCCUCGGGAAACGGCUGCAGAACAGCAGGACACCUCCACUGCUCAAUGCCAGGACCUGUCGGUUUUCAAUUUCACCUCGUCCUCCCAAGACUCUGGCUCAUCCGGUUCGCCGAGGUCCAAAAAUGCAAACGGAAAGAAGGGCUCGACCAAGAAAAGCGCUGUCCGCGGGAAAGGGUCGGCGCAAGGAGCCACGAGGACCACUCGAAGGAAGACCAAGCAGAAGCUGAAGAAGCACAGGCUGGAGGCCAUAAACCAGCAGUGGGGGAUCAGCGAGGAGGAGGACGCUUUAAAAGAAAAGGAGCAAAAGCCCUGUGCAAAAGAGCCGAGCAGGUCCAGUAAACGAGUUUCCUUCCUCAGCCCCGCCGUCACGUCCAAGGAGCCCCAGCCCAAAGUACCACAGGGGGGUACGGAUGAACUCGGCCCCGGCAGGAGUCCCUUAGAAGGUGCCAUCACUGUACUGGGCGCGCCGACCCAGCCUGGUUCGAGCAUGUCGGACACAACUAAGAGCCCCGAGAGACGGGCGGACGCGUCUCCCCUGAAGCCCUCCUCCAAAAGAGCCAGAGUGGAGGAGAAGGUUGCCACGUUGGAGACCACGCCAAAAAGGCCCAGGGCUUCCCCGGGGAAGAGGACGAAGAGGAGAAAAUCCCAGACGUCUCCAGCUGUGCAUAACCCUCUUCCUUCAGAUAGCCGCAGGUGUGAUGAGAGCAUCGAGAACUCAAGAGGGGAGCCAGGAGACAGCCCGUCUCGUCCGACCGCCGCCGGCGAAAAAUCUCCAUGUACUCCAGUGGCAUCUGGUGGAAGACCCACCUCGGGCAGCCCUGCGUUUAUGAAGAAGAACCACAAGGGAGAGACCCCGCUGCAUCUGGCUGCUAUAAAGGGCGACGUAGAGGCUGUGAACACGCUGCUGGACCAGGGGGCUGACCCCAACCUGAAGGACAACGCCGGGUGGACACCUCUGCAUGAAGCAUGCAACCUGGGCCACCUGCUGGUAGUGGAGCUUCUGGUCUCGAGGGGAGCCCUGCUGAACACACCGGGCUACGAGAACGACUCUCCGCUCCACGAUGCCGUGAGGAACGGACACCCGGCCAUCGUCCAACAGCUGCUGCGGCUCGGAGCCUCUCGACACGUCCUCAAUCAGCACGGAAAGCGGCCUGCCGACUACGCAGGGAGUCCGGAGAUGCUGGCGAUUUUCCGGGAAGCCCCAGAAGGAACCCAAAAUGCAUCUCCAAGCCCCUCAAGCGGUCUCUCCGGGGGGAGCAACCGCGUGGGGAGGGAUGAACCAGUGGUGCUUCUGACCAGCGGGCUGUCGCAGCCGGAACGGGCUCUAGUGGCCAAACUGGGAGAGCUCCUGGGGGGGAGGACGGCGGACACCUUUUCCAGCCCAGUGAGCCAUGUGGUGGUGCCAGUAGGACACCUCCCCACCACCAGCUCCACCCUCCUUGGUCUUCUUGCUGGCUGCUGGGUUGUCAAAUUCAGCUGGGUGGAGGCAUGUCUGCAGGCAGGCGAGUGGACGCCCGAAGCCGAGCACGAGGCGGGCGAAGGCGCCCAGCGGAGUCGCAUCAACAGACGUAGCUUGCUCCCGCCGCUCUUCGACGGCUGUUUCUUCUUCCUGCUCGGCCGCUUCAAGGCGAUUUCCAAAGACGAGCUCACCAAGCUGCUGCGGGAAGGAGGGGGACAACUCCUGAGCCGGCAGCCCAAGCCCGACAGCGAUGUGACGCAGACCCUGAGCGCCGCCGCCUACCACGCGCUGCCGGGCUCCGACCAGGCCCUCUGCACCCAGUACAUCAUCUUUGACCCGCAGGGCCCCCACAGGCCGGCAGUGGUGAGGAGAGGGAAGGUGUGGUCAGCUCCCUGCACCUGGCUCCUCGACUGCAUCACUGCCUUCCGUCUCCUCCCCGUGUCCGACUGUCAGACUCCGGUCUGAGCAAUCCUUUAUAUGUUCAAUGUCCUCCGUGUGUCGUUUUUUUAAUAUAUGGGAUUAAGUCAACACCAAUCACGUAAACAUGAAAACAAUUAUGUCUUUAGAACUUUGAAAUUAAAGGGCUAAUCCAAA